UACAAAUUUUUCGAUUACUCUCAUUUUACAGUCAAGAUUGGGUAUCAAUUACUCUUCGGUACUUAAUUGCUCCCACCCUCUACCUCGUUUGUCUUAUAAUGUUCUGUUCUUGAAAUGCUUGUGAAACCUUCCCUUCCCUUCAAAGUUAAAGUUUUGUUUUGAAGGAUGGUGAGUAGGGAUGACAAUUCUGAUCUGACCCGUUUUACCCGACCUGUUUGAUCUGUUUUGGGCGGGUCCGACCCGGCCCGUAGACGGGGCAGGGCGGGCAUGGGUACCUCCCAUCGAUCUGACCUGCCCCGACCCUCCCCAUUCUUGACCCGUUCAUCCCUAAAUUAUAUGUAAUCUUAGUCAAAUUAUUUAGGAUUUCCUUUUAUUACCUCAUAUUUUAGCUGUAAUAAACUUGUAAAUAAGUGAAAAUCUUAAUUUCUCCAAUAAUUUAACUACAUUUCAUCAUAUUAUGGUUUCUUCCUUGGUAUUUUAAUGAAAAUAAUGAAUAUUUAAAUAUCCAUUGGGUCGAUCUGCCUCGACCCGCGUCCCGUGAUAAAAUACCCGACCUGCCACGGGGCGGGUAUGGGUAUCGAGAUACCCGCCCCGGACCUGCCCAUUGUCAUUCCUAGGUGAGGGGGUUUCUACCGGUCUGAGCCGUUCUAGUGGUUAAAUGAUUGAUUAUUGACGAUACAUGCCAAAUAUGCUCAGAAUGGUCGUGCUCUACUUCUGCAAUACGAUGCCCAAUCGGAGGAAUGGCGAGCAGCUUCCACUCCAAUGGCUCCUCACCACAACGAACAUCUUCCUGUCGAGGGAUCUACGGGCAUGCGACGUAUUUCCACUCUGUAAUCUUAAUCUCAUGAUGGCUUUUGCCCACAAGGUGGGAUUUUGGUUAGUUUUGAUGGGCAUGGCAGCCGGGAAGCGUUGGAGAUAUUGGAUUUGUUGUGUUCUCUGCUAGUGGGACUCUACUGUUUGCAUACGGUAAACAUUAUCAAGGUAUUACUGACUUGUUCUUGAUUGAAUUAUUAGCAUUACGCGAUGCAGUUUCCUUGUGUUUAACACAUGGUUAUAUUGUUGUUAAUUUUUGUUAGAAACUAUGUUUUCUACCACGAAUACAAUUUUGGACUUAUUUGUCGCAUUAUUAUUGUUUGGGUAUUUGGAUGUUAUUUGUAGGUUUUGGGGUUAUUUGGGAGUAUUUUGUUAGGAUUAAUUAUUGGGGGUAGUUAUAAGGAAUUUAUUGGUUUAUAUAUUAUGUGUUAGUGGGGUUUUUCUUGUUAAGCAAUAACAGAACAAUUAUUCACUAAACCAAGAAAUCUCCCUCUGUCCCUAGCCAAAUUCCCCCCUCUCUCUUCCCACUUGUGUCGUCUGUCUCCCUUUCCUCUUGGAGACCUACUUUUGCUUCCUCAUCCCAACUUCUCUCUUUCUCCCCUUAUCAAAUCCCUAAUUCGCACCACAAUUCUCAAUUCUCUAUCAAAUCCCUAAUCUAUGAACCCUAGACGUACACGCCUAGAUCCGUAUUUUUACAGUGGUAUCAAACCUGGUUGCCGUGGGGUUCCUGAAGAUGACCACUUCGACAGACAAGCAGCAGAAAUAACAGAAGGAUAUCGUGGUGCUCAAGGAUGUGUCAAAGGACGAGUUGUUUCUCAAGUCCCAAGAAAGUAUGGUGGAGGUUUCGACACUAACUCAAACCACAUCGCAUGGUACCGGAAGGGCGAUUGACGUGAUAGCGUUAGGAUCGAGACUGCGAUCGCAAAGAUGGUGAAGGACCUGGUCGAAAGGUUUGGGUAAACUUUGACCCUGGCGUUAGGGACGACCCUAAAUGAGAUCCUCGUGUCAGGGAGAAGCUGCGACAAGGGUUGGUUGUGGCGAAGGAAGCACCGGAGCAGCUGGCUUCGGUCAGUGAGGAGUCACUGUUGGACUAAGAGGCGAAAAAGGAGACUGCCGCGGUUGCUGAUGCAGAGGCUAUGGCCUCGAUAGAGGGUGGCUCGGACACAUGUGACAUUGCGCUAGGGCUCAUCAGGGGUCGAGAAGAUGGCAUCCUCGGCAACGAGAGGAUCGAGAGGAGGCGGUGCGGAGUUAAGCCUCGAUGUUGCGAAUUGGGCAUGCCCGAGGUUCAACGGGCGGGUCUGUUACCUAGCCCGAUGACCUAGGACAUCUUGGAGUUUCACGGAUUGAAGAAGCAGGCGGGCUAUGAAGGUGAGCCUUGGCCAGUGGGCAAAAGCGCUGGGUGGACUAGAAUAAUAGACUACCCGAGUUAUACCGACAUAGUCCCGGGGCGAGAAGAUGAGGAGCUAAGUUUGACGGGGUAAGGAGGCAUCUGGGCUGACUCGGGACUUUUAGGGGCUGCAUCGGGUUGGUUCUCCUAUCCAAACCUUAUUUUGGCGAUCGACCUAACCCGACCGGUCCGAGUGGAGUCGUUCAAAUCUAGGCGAGUCAAACCUGAACCGAAUCUGGUUGGACUGAACCGAAUCUCCAGAAGACGGGCAACAAUGAUGAUGGACAGUUCAGGGUAGCAUGGGUUUACUAGGGGGAGUAGGGAGCAUCUUUAGUACAUUUUGAUAGAAGCGGAAAAUGUAUCAAUUAUGAGAGUGAUAAACAAUAUACUUUGAGUGUCAUCAUAAAUAUCCCACACUUGAACUGUGUUUGUCCCCAAGCAAACAGUACUUAUGUAAUUCAUAGUCACUACACUAGUCUCUCUAGAUCACAUGAAAUCCCUAGGUUAAUUGAUUCAAAGUAAGAUUAGCAGUGAACUUGUAGGUUCAUUGUUUCUUCACUUCGGAUUAGCACUUUCUUGAGUUUCUUAGGUUGUGCUUGAAUGAGUCCCCAUAUAUAGUGAAAUCAUCCAUGAAUACCUCCACUAUGUCAUCAAGGUAACCAUCAAAGAUGGCUAUCAUGCAUCUUUGGAAAGUAGCAGGGCAUUACAUACAUCAAAAGGGAUUCUUCGAUAGGCAAAGGUUCAAUAGGGGCAUGUGAAAGUUGUUUCUAUUGAUCUCCAGGAGCAAUGGGUAUUUGAAAGUAACCAGACAUUCAUCAUUGAAGCAAUAUAAGUCAUUUCCAACUCAUUUCUCUUGCAUUUGAUUGAUGAAUGGUAGAGGUAAGUGAUCCUUCCUUGUAGCGUCAUUAAGCUUCCGAUAAUCUAUGCACACUCUCCAUUUAGUUACUUUUCUUUGAGGAAGCAGAUCACCAUUAUCAUUAGGUAAAACGAUCAUUCCUCCCUUCUUUGGCACCACUUGAGUAGGGCUAACCUAUUUGCUAUCGAAGAUGGGGUAGAUGAUUCCUGCUUGAAGUAGCUUGAUUACUUCCUUCUUCACUACUUCUUUAAGAUGGGGAUUCAAUCUCCAUUGAGGUUAUAGUACUGGCUUAUGGUUCUCUUUAAUUAGUAGCUUAUGGUGUUCCUUAAAUAGCUUAAUCAUUAUUAAAAAAAUAGCUUAACA